CCGACUCUGUAUACUGUUUUCAGCAUCAUAGCAUUUAAUAACUAUGAAGCAUUGGACCAGUGUGUAACGUUUGUUUGCUAUUAAAGUGUAAAACAAAAAUGACGAUUGUUUCGUGGCCACUCAAAAAUUAUUUCAAUACGAGUUACACAUCGACUGUUGUUAUCCUUAAAUGAAAUGAUUUUUUGUCUAUACUUUACAAUGAUUUAUUUAUCAUUUUUUUAAAGUUAUUGAAUUUCUGUGAUUGUUUAUGUCUCUGCAGCACAAUCUGUAUUAUAUACAUAUUUUCAUAAGUAUCAAAUUAUAAUGAUACAAUAAGUAGGAAAUUUUGUGCAAAAAUAAGAUAGUGUAUUCCUUUGUAUCCGAUUAUUGCAAUGGAAACAAUAUCAACGCUGUCUAAUAGUACAUCCAUUGAGAUGGAUGUUAAUCAGCAUAAAGAUGUUGACAAAAAUCAUCAUUCUGUGAAAAUUCUUGUGGAAACUGCUCGUACACCAUGUUACAACGCAUUUGCACAAAUGAAUGGAAAAACAAUGACAGCUAAUUACGCUGAUAUCGUACAAGGCAUGCGAGAUACAUUUUUUAGUGGUAAAACAAGACCAUUGGAAUGGAGAAUAAAGCAAUUAAAACAAAUAAUUAGAAUGAUGAAGGAGUGCACACCUCAAUUUUUAUCCGCAUUGGCAACAGAUUUAAGACGGAGUAAAUUUGAAUCUAUGAUUUUAGAAAUUAAUUAUACUAUAGAAGACAUUAAGCACAUGAUUUAUAACAUUAAGGAUUGGGCUGCUACAGAAAAGCCUUCUAAAGCAAUGAUGAAUUUACUCGAUGGAGUUGAAAUACACAAAGAUCCUUAUGGUGUUGUCCUUAUCAUAGGGGCAUGGAAUUAUCCAAUACAAUUGGUCUUGGCACCUUUGAUUGGUGCUAUAGCAGCUGGAAAUUGUGUUAUUGUUAAACCCUCGGAAGUUGCACAAGCUACUGCUAAUCUUUUCGCGGAACUAAUUCCAAAAUAUUUGGAUACAGAGUGUUAUCGCGUUAUAACAGGAAGUGUAGCAGAAACGACUGAACUACUUAAACAAAGAUUUGAUUAUAUAUUUUAUACUGGUUCUACUAACGUUGGUAGAAUAGUUCGUGAAGCAUCUAACAAAUACUUGACGCCUGUUACUUUAGAAUUAGGUGGUAAAAGUCCUGUUUACAUAGAUAACUCGGCAGACAUAAGUAUAGCUACAAAGAGAAUAUUAUGGGGGAAGUUCAUCAAUGUUGGACAAACUUGUAUUGCACCCGACUACGUAUUGUGUUCCACGGAAGUUCAAAAUAAAUUUUUGGAAGAAGCUAAAAAGAUUUUGAAAGAGUGGUAUGGAAAUAAUCCUAAAGAAAGUAACGAUUUAUGCCGUAUUAUUAAUGAAAAUCAUUUGCAGCGUUUAAAGAAUUAUUUAUCAGGCAAUGGAAAAGUAGCAAUAGGUGGUGACUAUGAUUUCGCAGAAAAGUAUAUUUCUCCAACAGUUCUUAUCGAUGUAAAGCCUACUGAUCCAGUUAUGCAAGAUGAAAUUUUUGGACCGAUUUUGCCAAUUGUUAAUGUUGAUAAUGCUUAUGAAGCUAUUCGUUUUAUUAAUAGUCGCGAUAUCCCACUUGUAUUAUACAUCUUUUCCAAGGAUAAAGGAGUACAAAAUUUAAUUAUAAAUCAAACUAAUAGCGGAUCAGUGUGUGUCAACGAUACAAUAUUGCAAUAUAGUGUUGACACAUUACCGUUCGGUGGAGUCGGUAAUUCAGGCAUGGGUGCUUAUCAUGGAAAAUACAGUUUUGAUACAUUUGUGCAUAAAAAAGGAUGUCUUAUUAAAAAUUUCAACAUUAUUGGGGAAAAAUUGGCAUCGUGUCGUUAUCCACCUUACACUGAUAGAAAAUUAAAUUUUUUGCAAAUGUUGACGUCAAAAAGGCCCGACGUACCAGGAAUAAAGUAUUUGCCGCAUUUGAUAAUGUUUGGACUAGGUGUAGUUGCUACUAUUGGUGUCAAAGCUGCUUUUAAGGAUUUCUCUGAUGAAGACCAGCUGUAAUCAUUAUGAUAUCGUCAAAAAUCAAGAUCCUUGUACUAAAUGGAUACUGAAGUAUACUUUAGCUGACAACAAAGUUUCGUUUAAUGUUAUACUUUCUAAGUAAAAUACUAAGUAAACACUUCAAACGAUUGCACAUUA